AUGUCCUUCGAAGUGUGGAGAGAGACCAACCCCGAUAUGAUAGGGUCGACCGACAUGUCCAAUUUACGCGACACAUUAUUGCAUACUCCGCCGCGUGCACUAUCGCCGGCACCCAACCAGCAGCAGCAGAUACACAACCUGCAGAACUUAAUCACAAUGGCGGUCAACACAGCCAUCGCAAACAACAACGAGCUGUGGGAAGAAAUAUUCGCAUCAAAAGACGUAGAAGUGCUCAAAUUGCGAAGAAGACUCGCAGAGACAGAAAGGAGGCAGCCUUUAGGGAUGGGCCUGCCACGCGCACCAGAAGCCGAGUUUAGAAAAAUGGCACUGGCAAAACCCAAACCCUACAACGGAGACAAAAAGAAGUUUCAAAGCUUCUCGGAGUCUCUAGAACUCCAUUUCACUGCAAACCAAGCAUACUUUUCCCGAGAAAGAAAUUGGAUAAGUUUUGCUUUAUCAUAUAUGAGCAUCGGAGCAGCAGCGGCCCUGAGAACAGAAUGGGUCGAGAGAAGGAAGAUUGCGGAAGAAAGAUCAGAUGGAGGAGAGAUCACACUCUUAGAAAGCUGGGCUCACUUCAAGAGGACUCUCAAAGAUCACUUUGCAGACACACACAAGGAGGAAAAAGCAAAGUACGAGAUCAUGUACAAGAAGCAGGGAGCUCUGACAGCUCAAGAGUUCUUUGUAAAGUUUCAGGAGUUGAGGAGGCAAGACGGCUAUGACAUCAAAAGGAACGAACAGUUUUUGAUCACCUUGAUCAGAAACAAUGUAAAUGGUCCGCUUAUCAAGCAGAUCAUCUACAAUGGGAAUGUUCCCAUGAUAUAUGUGGAGUGGAAGACAAGGAUUGUCACCAAUAAUCAAUUGUGGGGCACUUCGGAGAAGAAGGCCGAGAGGGUGGAAUUAAAGAAAGACGGCACGGGUACGCUAUACACCGGAGCCGGAAAAGAGAUGGAAGUAGACAAGCAGAAGUUCCGAGUAGAAGGACGCUGCUUUAAGUGUGGAGAAAAGGGCCAUAGGGCCAGAGACCACCUAAACGGACAAAUACCAGAAAAGAAACCAAAAAGGCCGGCUGCAACUCCUCACCAGACUGUGCCAAAGAACAAUGUAAAUAGAUAUGCUUCUCUCACUGUCGAUGAUCUUGAUGCUACAUGUACUAGUAAAGAUGAAAAUAAUAUCGCCUUAUUUAAAGACGCACAAGAUCUAAGACGAAAAGAGCAAUCUAUGAAAGAGGAGAACCUGAAAGGGAAAUGGGUUGAUAAGAUUCCCAAAGAUGCGGCGCAGUCAGUACCUAAAGGGGAUAGGACUGAAAGAAGCGCAGCAGCUAAAAAGGAGACAACUGAAGCACAGAAUGUUAUGACUCAAUUGGGUAGCAUAACCGAGACUGAUGCUUCAUGUAAAGUCUUAUCCCCUAUACCGAGUUAA